AUGCAGCUACUCAGCUAUAGCAUGCUCGUCGCCAGUGUGUUGGGUGUAGCAACGGCGUCCAAUGUGCAUACGGCAUCAGAGUCACACCUCAUCUACAAGCGAUCCAGCUGCGAGGCUCGCAAUGUAUUUUUUCACUUCAACGAUUCGUCCAUUGGAACCACACCUUCAUGCUCAUGGAACGUGAUCAACCUCGGCGCUUUGCCCAUCUCGCAAGAUAAUUUCCCGCGCACUUUGUCUACGCGACAGACCCCGAACUGUACCGACGGGCCUGUGACAAACUACACUGUGGUCUCUGGCGACACUCUUGAAAAGAUCGCAGCGACAUACGACAGUGGAGUGUGUGACAUUGCUGCCGCAAGUGAUCUGGACAACCCGAAUUUCAUUGAAGUAGGCCAGGUCCUGGCCGUCCCGACCGACGUCUGCGACCCAGACAACGAGAGUUGCAUCACACCACCGGGAUCGAGACCCUGUGUGCCCGAGGAAGAAGGAGUGGACCCUGUUUAUGAGAUCCAGGCUGGAAACACAUUCUUUAUAAUUGGGCAGGAAUUCAAUAUCACGGUUGAUGCGAUUCGGGCAGCCAAUCCAUGUGUGGACCCGUCCACGCUGGAGGUCGGACAGGAAAUCAACAUUCCAAUCUGCCCGGACUGCUCAUCAACGUGCAGUGAAUAA